UUAUGUGCAAAAGUAACUAUGAUGAACCAACACCGACUCGGAUUUCUGAUCUACUGAGCUCGGAUUUGGCGUCUGUGUGCCUGUCAAUUCUAUAUUUUAUAAAGAAACUGAAAAAUGACCAUGCGAACAUUUGGAGAGAAACCUAUUGCAUUUCAACUUGAAGAAAAUGGGGAAUAUUAUUAUAUUGGAUCUGAGGUUGGGAAUUACCUUCGAAUGUUUAGAGGAUCUUUAUACAAAAGGUACCCUUCACUGUGGCGACGUUUAGUAACUGUUGAUGAACGACGGAAAAUUGCUUCACUUGGUCUGUCAACGAGAACUAUGGGAAUUGAUGCCAAAAACAGACUUCUUAAGAAAGCUGGAACCGUUAAUCCUGAUGACCCUAAUAUACCUCCUGAUCUCAAAGGUUUAGGGCCACAUAGUUUGGCAACUAAUAUCACUCUUCUAAGAGCAACUGAAGUAGAUGAAAUUUUUGAGGGCAAAGAUGAAAAAUAUAGGGCAGUGUCUAUAAGCACAGAACCACCAGUUUCACGUGAAAUCAAGACAAAGAGAAGUACAUGGAUGCCUACCAUGCCAAAUAGUUCUCAUCAUUUAGAUGCCGUUCCAUGUUCAACUCCUGUGAAUCGUAAUAGGAUAAGUCAUAAAAAAGUGCGAACAUUUCCCUUAUUGUAUGAUGAUUUAGAACCAUCUGUUAUUCAUGAAAAUUCUACACAAACUGAAGUUCUUGUCCCAGUGCGUUUAGAUAUGGAAAUUGAAGGCCAUAAGCUUCGAGAUACAUUUACUUGGAAUAAGAAUGAGUCUUUGAUUACUCCAGAGCAGUUUGCUGAAGCUCUCUGUGAUGAUUUAGAUUUGCCUCCUCUUUCUUUUGUACCAGCUAUUGCUCAGUCAAUACGGCAGCAAAUCGAUGCUUUUCCUACUGAUAAUCUUUUAGAUGAACAGGCUGACCAAAGAGUUAUUCUGAAGCUAAAUAUUCAUGUGGGAAACAUCUCUCUUGUUGAUCAAUUUGAAUGGGACAUGUCAGAAAAAGAAAACAGUCCUGAAGUAUUUGCCAAUAAACUCUGUUCAGAAUUAGGUUUAGGUGGAGAAUUCUGUACAGCAAUUGCUUAUAGUAUUAGAGGACAGUUAUCAUGGCAUCAAAGAACUUAUGCUUUUAGUGAAGCUCCUUUACCUACUGUUGACAUUCCGUAUCGAAAUCAAUCUGAAGCUGAUCAGUGGUGCCCAUUCUUGGAGACACUUACAGAUGCUGAAAUGGAAAAGAAAAUCAGAGAUCAAGAUCGAAAUACUAGGAGGAUGAGGCGACUGGCAAAUACUGCUCCAUCAUGGUGAAAAUUAAGAAAUAAUUUGUAGAUUUGAAGAAAUUCUUAUACUUUACACAUUGUAUUUGUUCUCAAGAACGUUCAUUCAAUAAAGCUACGUGAAAUGCGA